AAAGAGGGAUAGUAAGCGUACUCCGUUCACAUCAGGUUAGAGAAAUUGCAUAAUCGAAGCUUGAGAAGUAUGGCGAAGAUCAUUGGCACGAUAAUCUGCGUUACAGGUGCUGUAGCCAUGGCUCUGCUGAAAGGUCCAAAGCUACUCAACAAAGAGUUUCUGCCAAUUAUGAGCCAAGGAGGUGAGAAUUGGUUGCUCGGUUGUUUAUUUCUCUUUGGAAGCUCUUGUUGCUGGUCACUUUGGUUAAUUUUACAGGUCCCUGUAUCAGCUAACUACCCGGAUCAUCUAUCUUUAACCGCAUGGAUGUGCCUCUUUGCAGCAUUGCAAUCUGCAGUCGUUACGUUGAUCUUGGAACCCGAUAUGAAAGUUUGGCGACUGAAUUCGUAUCUCGAAUUUCUUUGCUGCUUGUAUGCAGGUGUAUCAUCAGCUGUUACCUUCUUUGCUCAAGCCUGGUGCAUUGCACAAAGAGGUCCACUAUUUUCUGCCAUGUUCAAUCCUCUAUUAACAGUUAUAGUGACUGUUUUGGCUUGUGCAUUUCUACAUGAAGAGAUGUUCACUGGAAGUUUGGUAGGUUCACUUGCUGUGAUUGUUGGAUUAUAUGUCGUACUAUGGGGCAAAGCAAAAGAGAAUGAAGAGUCAAUGAACGUUGACCCUAGUCAGAUAAAGAAGCGAAGCAAUCAGAAACCACUGUCUAGUGAAUCUUCAGAUGAAACGAGCUGUAGAAUUGAUUUGGAGGAACCUCUUCUUUCAGACAAAUCACCGUACAGUGGGGAUAACAUAUGAUGGAUCAGUACAAGAAUAAACAGAACUUAUAGUUUUGUACAUCCCUAGCUACUUUAUUGACUUGUAGAAUGUAUUGUUCACAUUGAUUAAGAAAAAGUAGUGGGAUUUUAGGUUUCUCAA